GCCUGUUAUUUAAAGAGCCUCGAAGUGAAGCCUGCUGUCAGUCAGAAAGUGACACAGCAACCCUGUUAUAGUCAAACCAACCGUUAGUUUUCAGACUGUAUGUGCAUUUUAGGUUAAUUCUGCAGUAAUCAACCAAAGACCACCAUGGAGAAAGUUCGUAGUAAUAUGACGGAGUUUUGGAAGGAGCACUCCAAAGAGGCCACAGUGGAGGAGAUGAUGCUGGACUCUCGUGCCAGAGAACUGACUGCACAGGAGCUUCCAGAGGUCCUCUCCAUGCUGCCUCCUCUGGAUGGACGCAGAGUGCUGGAGCUGGGAGCAGGGAUCGGCCGCUUCACCAGCCACCUCCUCACCAAGGCGGCCCAUGUGACAGCCGUGGACUUCAUGGAAAGUUUUAUGGAGAGCAACAGGAAGGAAAAUGGUCACCAUAGCAACGCUACCUUCAUCCAAGCUGACGUCACGAAAAUGGACAACCCCCAAAACAGCUUUGACAUCAUCUUCUCCAACUGGCUGCUGAUGUACUUGAGCGAUGAGGAGGUGAAGACCUUCAUGGAGAAUACGCUGCGCUGGCUGCAGCCGGGUGGUUUUCUUUUUUUCAGAGAGUCCUGCAAUUACAGAUCAGGUGACUGCAAGAGAGAUUUCAACCCCACCUGCUACCGCAGUGAGGCACAAUACAGCCACAUGGCAUCAUCAGUGCAAAUGGAGGUGCCAGACGGAGGCCAAAAGUUUGGUUUUGACGUUGUAAUGAAGAGGAAAGUUCGGACCUAUGUUGAGAUGAAAAACAAUCCAAACCAAAUCUGCUGGCUGCUUCAGAAGGUUCCCCGCUCCUCCAGCACCCAGAGUGGAUUCAACACCUUCCAGCAGUUCCUGGACAACCAGCAGUACACCAAACGUGGCAUCCUGCGCUACGAGAAAAUGUUCGGGUCUGGUUACGUCAGCACAGGUGGACCUAGCACCACCAAGGAGUUUGUGGACUUGCUGAACCUGAAGCCCGGACAGAAGGUUUUAGAUGUCGGUUGUGGCAUCGGUGGAGGAGACUUCUACAUGGCAAAGUCUUUUGGAGUGGAAGUGCUGGGAAUGGAUCUGUCAGACAACAUGGUGGACAUUGCUAUGGAGCGGGCCAUCGCCGAGAAGUUGCCAUCCGUGCUGUUUGAGGUGGCUGAUGCCACCAAGAGGACAUUUCCAGAAGGUUCAUUUGAUGUCAUUUACAGCAGAGACACCAUCCUACACAUAGAUGACAAACUGGCGCUCUUCAAACGCUUCCAUUCAUGGUUAAAGCCUGGGGGCCAGCUGCUUAUCAGUGACUACUGCUGUGGAGAGAAGCCUUGGACACCAGCAUUCGAGGCCUACGUCAAACAGAGAGGAUACGUUCUCUACACACCCACGCAGUAUGGCAAGUUCAUUCAGGAAGCUGGUUUCUGUAAUGUUCGAGCAGAGGACCGGACAGCACAGUUCAUCCAGGUGAUCAAGACAGAGCUGCAGAGAGCAGAGGCCAUCAAAGAUGAAUUCAUUAAGGAAUUCUCUGAAGAAGACUAUUAUGCAGUAGUGAAUGGAUGGAAAGAAAAACUGGAACGUUCCAACAACGGAGAUCAACGAUGGGGACUCUUUCAUGCAACAAGGAAUUGAGUGAUUGCACUGAAAUGGGAAAAUAUAAUAAAAGGAAAAAGAGACAAA